AUGUCAAUUUCUGUAAAAUUGGUGGCGGCUGAGUCGUUAAACAGACGGGAUGUUUUCAGAUCUCCUGAUCCAUUUGCGGUUUUGACUAUUGAUGGGUCACAGACGAAGUCUACAGCAGCAGCAAAGAAGACAUUGAAUCCGUAUUGGAACGAGGUGUUUCAGUUUAACAAUGUGAGUGAGAAUUCUAUUUUGACUGUGCAGGUGUUUGACCAGAAGAAGUUUAAGAAGAAGGAUCAGGGAUUCCUUGGUGUUGUGAAUGUUCGUAUUGGGGAUGUUCUGGGCCAUUUGGAUGAGGACACUGCUGCUUCUGGUGGCGGGAGGUUGCGUGAGGAGACUAUCACGAGGGAUUUGAAGCGUUCCAACGACGGACUGUCUGUUAGUGGGAGAAUAAUUUUAGUUUUGACGGUUCUUCCUGCUAACGGGCGUUCUGGAGCUAGCAAUACUUCCUCAUCGCAGGCUUCAGGGACAGCAGCAGCAGGCGGCAGCAACCGUCAGUCGAGUUCCAUGACGAAUGCUGCUACUAUCGACAACAGGUUGAUUGCACAAACUGUGGCUAACAAUUUACAAACGACAACGUUGGACAAUCCAGACCAGUCUCAAGGUGGUGCUGGUAGCGGUGUUGGCGCAGCUGCAGCUGCAGCUACCAACACUGGAUCGGGAGCUGGUACUGCGGCAGGAGCUGGUGCUAGUGGUGGCAUAGCUGGCCAGCAGUCAUCUGCAUCUAGCAGGCAAUACUCGUCGUUUGAAGAUCAGUACGGUCGUUUGCCCCCAGGAUGGGAAAGAAGAACAGAUAACUUUGGAAGAACAUAUUAUGUGGAUCAUAAUACAAGAACGACUACGUGGAAAAGACCAACUUUGAACCAGUCUGAAGUGCAACGUGCGAAUACGGAGCUUGAACGUAGACAACAUAGAGGUAGAACACUACCGGAUGGAGGUGCGCAAUCAGAAGGGGGCUCAUCGUCCUCGUCGAAUGUCGCAGUGCAUAACAACAAUAAUGCAUCUUCGCAGUCGCCAACGGUCAACGGUGCUGCUGCUGCCGCAUUCGCCGCUACAGGCGGUACAACUUCCGGGUUAGGUGAGCUACCUCCUGGUUGGGAACAACGGUUCACGCCAGAAGGUAGAGCGUACUUUGUCGAUCACAACACAAGAACAACUACCUGGGUUGAUCCAAGAAGACAACAGUACAUCAGAACAUAUGGUCCAUCUAUGAACACCAUCCAGCAGCAACCUGUUUCCCAGUUGGGUCCAUUACCCUCUGGUUGGGAAAUGAGAUUGACCAACACUGCGCGUGUGUAUUUCGUUGACCACAAUACCAAGACUACUACAUGGGACGACCCUAGAUUACCUUCAUCGUUAGACCAGAAUGUUCCUCAAUACAAGCGUGACUUCAGACGUAAGGUUAUAUACUUCAGAUCCCAACCUGCACUUAGAAUCUUGCCUGGUCAAUGUCACAUUAGAGUACGCAGAAAGAAUAUCUUUGAAGAUGCUUACCAAGAGAUUAUGAGACAAACUCCAGAAGAUUUGAAGAAGAGAUUGAUGAUCAAGUUCGAUGGUGAAGAAGGUUUGGAUUACGGUGGUGUCUCGAGAGAAUUCUUCUUCCUUUUGUCACACGAAAUGUUCAAUCCAUUCUACUGUCUAUUUGAAUACUCUGCUCACGAUAACUAUACUAUUCAGAUCAACCCAAACAGUGGUAUUAACCCUGAGCAUUUGAACUACUUCAAAUUCAUCGGAAGAGUCGUCGGUUUGGGUGUCUUCCAUAGAAGAUUCCUAGACGCUUUCUUCGUCGGUGCCCUAUAUAAGAUGAUGCUAAGAAAGAAGGUCGUUUUGCAAGAUAUGGAAGGUGUCGAUUCUGAAGUGUACAACUCUUUGAAGUGGAUUUUGGAAAAUAGCAUUGAUGGCAUUUUGGACUUAACGUUCAGUGUGGAUGAUGAGAGAUUCGGUGAACUAGUCGUUAUUGACUUGAAGCCAAACGGCAGAGAAAUUGAAGUCACAGAUGAAAACAAGAAGGAAUACGUUGAAUUAUAUACCCAAUGGAGAAUCGCAGACAGAGUACAAGAGCAAUUCAAGGCUUUCAUGGACGGUUUCAACGAAUUGGUUCCAGAAGAUCUCGUAAAUGUGUUUGAUGAACGUGAAUUAGAACUAUUAAUUGGUGGUAUCGCCGAAAUAGAUGUCGAAGACUGGAAGAAACACACAGACUACCGUGGUUACCAGGAAUCAGACGAAGUUAUCCAAUGGUUCUGGAAAUGUAUUUCAGAGUGGGACAACGAACAAAGGGCUCGUUUGUUACAAUUCACAACUGGUACCUCCCGUAUUCCUGUUAAUGGGUUCAAAGAUUUACAAGGUUCAGAUGGUCCAAGAAGAUUUACUAUCGAGAAAGCUGGGGAAAUUCAGCAACUACCUAAGUCGCAUACCUGUUUCAACAGAGUUGAUCUUCCACCAUAUACUGAUUACGAAUCAUUCAAACAGAAGUUGACGCUAGCAGUUGAGGAAACCAUCGGAUUCGGACAGGAGUAG